AGAGGAGGGGAGAUCAGCCAAAGCCAAUCACGGGAACCUGCAGCAAUAACAACAUGCAAGAACUCUUAAACUGCUGUGAGGGUUGACUCUUCUCCCUCCACUCCUGCUUUUUCCACCUUCCUGCUGUAGAAAUGCACCAGUGUUGCGCUCUGCUGAUGGGCUCAAACCCGUUUCAUCUCUUGCAUUUCCCAGAAUGAGGGGAAGGCAGCUGGGUUCAUAGCAGUUCAUCUGCUGAGAGUUGGCUGCCCAAAUGAAGAAUAAACAGGUGAAUUUGGCACAGAAAUCAUGGAUAGAAAGAGCUUUCUACAAGAGAGAAUGUGUUCAUAUCAUACCCAGCACCAAAGACCCCCAUAGGUGUUGCUGUGGGCGUCUAAUAGGUCAACAUGUUGGACUGACUCCGAGUAUCUCCGUUAUCCAAAAUGAGAAAAAUGAAAGCAGGCUUACUCGCAAUGACAUCCAGUCAGAGAAGUGGUCCAUCAGCAAGCACACGCAGCUCAGCCCAACGGAUGCUUUUGGAACCAUUGAGUUCCAGGGAGGAGGCCACUCCAAUAAAGCCAUGUAUGUACGUGUGUCCUUUGACACAAAGCCUGACCUUCUUCUACACCUGAUGACCAAAGAAUGGCAGCUUGAGCUCCCAAAACUUCUCAUCUCUGUGCAUGGGGGCCUUCAGAAUUUUGAACUUCAGCCAAAGCUCAAGCAAGUCUUUGGAAAAGGCCUCAUUAAGGCUGCUAUGACAACUGGAGCAUGGAUAUUUACUGGAGGAGUAAACACAGGAGUCAUUCGACAUGUUGGAGAUGCACUGAAAGAUCAUGCCUCAAAAUCACGGGGGAAGAUCUGCACCAUUGGCAUAGCUCCCUGGGGGAUCGUGGAAAAUCAAGAGGAUCUGAUUGGCAAAGAUGUUGUCCGACCAUACCAGACAAUGUCCAAUCCCAUGAGUAAGUUGACAGUACUCAACAGUAUGCAUUCACAUUUCAUUUUGGCUGACAAUGGCACUACUGGCAAAUAUGGAGCAGAGGUGAAACUUCGUAGACAGCUGGAAAAGCACAUUUCACUUCAGAAGAUAAAUACACGAAUUGGUCAAGGGGUUCCAGUGGUAGCCCUCAUUGUGGAAGGAGGUCCCAAUGUUAUCUCUAUUGUUCUGGAGUACCUGCGAGACACUCCUCCUGUUCCUGUUGUGAUAUGUGAUGGCAGUGGUCGGGCAUCUGACAUACUUGCCUUUGGUCACAAAUACUCUGAAGAAGGAGGACUUAUUAAUGAGUCUUUGCGGGACCAGUUGCUAGUUACCAUCCAGAAGACUUUCACAUACACUCGAACCCAGGCACAGCACCUCUUUAUUAUCCUCAUGGAGUGCAUGAAGAAGAAGGAGCUGAUCACAGUAUUUCGCAUGGGAUCAGAAGGACACCAGGAUAUUGAUUUAGCUAUCCUUACAGCAUUACUAAAAGGAGCUAACGCAUCUGCUCCCGACCAGCUGAGCCUGGCUUUAGCCUGGAACAGAGUAGACAUCGCUCGCAGUCAGAUCUUUAUUUAUGGGCAGCAGUGGCCGGUGGGCUCUCUUGAGCAAGCGAUGCUGGAUGCACUGGUGUUGGACAGAGUGGAUUUUGUGAAAUUACUCAUAGAAAAUGGAGUAAGCAUGCAUCGUUUUCUCACCAUCUCCCGACUAGAGGAAUUGUACAAUACGAGACAUGGACCGUCCAACACUUUAUAUCAUCUGGUCAGGGAUGUCAAAAAGCGAGAAUAUCCAGGUUUCGGUUGGAUCUAUUUUAAGGGAAAUUUACCUCCUGAUUAUCGAAUAAGCCUGAUUGAUAUUGGUUUGGUGAUAGAGUACCUGAUGGGAGGAGCAUAUCGCUGCAAUUACACCCGAAAGCGAUUCAGAACACUGUACCACAAUUUAUUUGGGCCCAAGAGGCCAAAAGCCCUGAAACUGUUGGGAAUGGAGGAUGAUGUCCCUUUACGACGAGGGAGGAAAACAACUAAGAAAAGAGAAGAAGAAGUUGAUAUUGAUUUGGAUGACCCUGAGAUAAAUCAUUUUCCCUUUCCAUUCCACGAGCUGAUGGUGUGGGCAGUGCUUAUGAAGCGCCAGAAGAUGGCCCUCUUCUUUUGGCAGCAUGGAGAGGAGGCUAUGGCUAAAGCACUGGUGGCCUGCAAACUCUGCAAAGCCAUGGCCCAUGAAGCAUCAGAAAAUGACAUGGUGGAUGACAUAUCCCAAGAGCUGAACCAUAAUUCGAGGGACUUUGGCCAAUUGGCAGUGGAGCUGUUGGACCAGUCAUACAAACAGGAUGAGCAAUUGGCAAUGAAACUGCUGACCUACGAGCUGAAGAACUGGAGCAAUGCCACAUGCCUGCAGCUUGCAGUGGCCGCCAAGCACAGAGACUUCAUUGCUCACACUUGCAGCCAAAUGCUGCUCACAGACAUGUGGAUGGGUCGUCUCCGGAUGCGCAAAAAUUCUGGCCUAAAGGUAAUUCUAGGAAUUCUACUUCCUCCUUCAAUCCUCAGCUUGGAGUUCAAGAACAAAGAUGAUAUGCCUUACAUGUCUCAGGCCAAUGAGAUCCAUCUUCAGGAGAAGGAGCCAGAGGAACCAGAAAAGCCAGUGAAAGAAAAAGAGGAGGAAGACAUGGAACUCACAGCAAACAGCCGGAGCUGCCCCCAGGAGCCCGUCUGCAGGCAGGCAGAAGGACCUGCCUACAAGACCCAGUACACAUGCAAGCUGAAGGAGCAGCCCACAAGACCCACCUACAGGACCCGUUUGCAGGCAAUGCUGGGACGAGGGAAUGGAGAGUCCUCAAGAAAGAAAGAAGAAGAGGAAGUACAGAGCAGGCACAGACUGAUUCCUGUUGGAAGAAAGAUUUAUGAGUUCUACAAUGCCCCCAUCGUUAAAUUUUGGUUCUACACACUGGCGUAUAUAGGCUACUUAAUGCUGUUCAAUUAUAUAGUGCUAGUGAAGAUGGAUCGCUGGCCAUCCACACAGGAAUGGAUUGUCAUCUCAUACAUUUUCACUCUGGGAAUAGAGAAGAUGAGAGAGAUAUUGAUGUCAGAGCCUGGAAAACUGUUACAAAAAGUUAAAGUUUGGCUGCAGGAGUACUGGAAUGUUACAGAUCUCAUAGCUAUCCUCCUGUUCUCUGUUGGGAUGGUCCUCCGUUUGCAAGAUCUGCCACUUCGGAGCGAUGGCCGGGUGAUAUACUGUGUGAACAUCAUUUACUGGUACAUACGGUUACUAGACAUCUUCGGAGUAAACAAGUAUUUGGGACCAUAUGUUAUGAUGAUUGGAAAAAUGAUGAUAGAUAUGAUGUAUUUUGUCAUCAUCAUGUUGGUGGUUCUGAUGAGCUUCGGUGUCGCAAGACAAGCUAUUCUCUUCCCCAAUGAGGAGCCUUCAUGGAAGCUGGCAAAAAACAUUUUUUACAUGCCUUAUUGGAUGAUCUAUGGGGAAGUGUUUGCAGACCAGAUAGACCGUAAGCAAGUUUAUGAUUCUCAUACACCAAAGUCAGCUCCUUGUGGUCAAAAUGAAACUCGAGAAGAUGGCAAGAUAAUCCAGCUGCCUCCUUGCAAGACAGGAGCAUGGAUCGUUCCUGCCAUCAUGGCUUGUUACCUCUUGGUUGCAAACAUCCUGUUAGUGAACCUCCUGAUUGCUGUUUUCAACAAUACAUUUUUUGAAGUCAAAUCUAUAUCCAACCAAGUAUGGAAGUUUCAAAGGUAUCAGCUAAUCAUGACAUUUCAUGAAAGGCCAGUUCUCCCACCACCUCUGAUCAUUUUCAGCCAUAUGACUAUGAUAUUCCAGCACCUGUGCUGUAGAUGGCGGAAACACGAAACUGACCCGGAUGAGAGAGACUACGGAUUAAAACUUUUCAUAACCGAGGAUGAACUGAAAAAAGUCCACGAUUUUGAAGAGCAAUGCAUAGAAGAAUAUUUUAGAGAAAAGGAUGAUAGAUUCAAUUCUUCCAAUGAUGAAAGAAUCCGUGUCACUUCAGAAAGGGUGGAAAAUAUGGCCAUGCGACUAGAAGAAGUAAAUGAGCGUGAGCACUGCAUGAAGGCCUCUCUGCAGACUGUUGACAUCAGACUUGCUCAGCUGGAAGAUAUGAUAGGGAGAAUGGUGACAGCACUAGAAAAACUGACUGGCAUAGAAAGAGGUGAGACAACCAAGAUACGAUCCAGGACUUCAUCUGACUGUACCGAUGCAGCCUACAUUGUGAGGCAGAGUAGCUUCAAUAGUCAAGAAGGAAAUACUUUCAAGCUGCAAGAAAGCAUAGAUCCUACAGGAGAGGAGUCCAUGUCUCCAACAUCUCCUACAAUUACACCUCGCAUGCGAAGCCACUCUUUCUAUGCAACAAAUAUGAAGGACAAAUGUGGGUUGGAAAAGUUUGAAAGCAUUUUCAAGGAAAGAUCUCCAAGCCUGCACCGGGCUAGCAGUUCCCACUCAAUAGCAAAAGAAGGAAAGGUUCCCUUAGCCCCUACCAGCACUUUGUCAAUUGCCCCAGACUCCAGAAGGCCUUCAUCUUGUAUAGACAUCUACGUUUCUGCAAUGGAUGAGAUGCAUUCUGACACAGAACCUCUUGAUAGCUCCAUAAAUAUUCUUGGUACUGGAGAUGUAGCCCUGCAAGCACACAUAGCUUCUUCCAUUUUAGCCAACAGCGCAUAUAUUAGCAGUGCACCUGGUGAAAAAAUUUCUGGCAGGAGUCUUGAUUAUGAGGAAACAUCCGGGAUAGAAACAAGAGCAUUUUCUUCAGACUAUUCACAAAUCACAGACUGCCAAAUCCCCUGGGAUUCAGACCCUCCCUUGUACCACACUUUAGAGCGAUCUAAAAGCAGUCGUUACCUGGCUACAACUCCAUUUAUUCUGGAGGAAACACCAAUAGUGAAAUCUCACAGUUUUAUGUUCUCUCCAUCUCGAAGCUACUUCAGCAGCCUUGGCGUCCCAGUCAAAACAGCAGAAUACACAAGUAUUACAGACUGCAUAGACACAAGGUGUGUGAGUGCUCCCCAGACCAUUGCAGAAAGGGUCAGCUUCCCUGGAAGCCUCGGCGUCAAGGUGGAAGACUUGGGAUGCUGCCAUCCAGAGAGAGAAGCAGAAUUAAGCCACCCAAGCUCUGAUCAUGAGGAUACUGAGGCCAAGGAUAAGAAGGGGAUUCCUUUAUCUCCUCAAGACAGCAAUGCCACAAGAACUCUGACCAAUAGCAUCCCGCUUCCAAAAAUAGAGCGGGCUAACAGCUACUCUGCAGAGGAGUCCAAUAUGCUGUAUGCACAGCACACACGGAAGAGCUACUCCAUCAGUGAUAAACUUGACAGACAGCGAAAUGCAACAAGCCUGCGAAACCCCUUCCAGAGGAGUAAGUCCUCAAGGCCAGAAAGCAGAGGGGACAACCUGUCCAUGAGGAGACUAUCAAGAACAGGAGCAUUCCGCAGCUUUGAAAGCAAGCACAGCUAGGCCAAGACAAAUGUUGCAGGCAGUCAAAAGGUCAUCUGCUCUCCAGUCCAUUUUCCUUAGCAAAAUUACCAUGCCUCAUAUUGACAUUCCACGUCAACUCCAGUUGGCAUUAGCCACCGGUCAAGGGAGCACAGUCAGUCUCAGCGUCACCUCCUGAGUUACUGCAUCUUGACCCAGUUGACAUUUGCACUUAAGGAAAAAGGGAGGGAUGAAAAAUUUUUCAGAGACUUCAGUAAACAAUAGGAAUAAAAAGACCCCUACAGGAAGUUUUAAGUAAUAACUGAGUUCAGAAAUCUGCCUUCUAUUGGAAGGCAUCCUAAGAUCUAUUAUUCACAAGUUCUUAGGACACAGGAAUUAACCUGCAAAAAAGAGGUGUACAGAUUAGAUGUCCAAAAUUUCAGUCAUAGCUUCUUUUUCAUCUGUUUCACCAUUCUGAUAACUGGUGAAAAGCAUCUGUUAUUUCUCUGGGAACAGGUGGCGAACAAAACUAGAGUCUCCCAAAUACCUUGCAACCCUACACUUGUAUAAAUGAAGAUGAACAAGAUAACAACCAUAACGUUUGCUUGUCUCUUUUUGUAUCACAUUCUAGUGCCACAGAAAAACCAGUUUGUAUUUUCAAAAGCAGAAAGGGAACAGAAAUGCCUUUUGUACUGCAUCAUAAGUGGAGGAAGAAUUUACGUUGAAAUAUCAGGUGAUUUCCUGAUGAAACGGGCAUUCUGGAGUCUAGCACAGCUGAGCAAGCUCAGGAUGAAUGUAAUUAAGCGGAAUAGUAUAUAUUUAUUUUUUUAUGACACUUGUCAUCAAUAUGUUGCCUCACUAAAUCAAAGGAUGUGAUAGUACAAUAAGAACAGGAUGAUCAGAGCAGAGUGCAGUAAUAUUGUCAGGUUCUCACUGCUCUGUUUAAUUAAUUAUACAAGCUGGAGAAGCUUACCCACAGGGUUGCCACCAGGCUCUUCUUGCUGUUCCAUUUGAGCUGCCAAUUUUUUACGUCAUUCCCUCACCUAAAAGUAUGCCCCUUUUUAUUUUUCUUUUUUUUUUUCUCUCUCUUCUUUUUUAAAUAAGACACGUAUUUGUAUUUGAACAUUUCAAACAUAUAAGAUUUGUCAAGAUCUAUCUGGUCUUAAUCCAGAUUAACUAAAUUAGACUGAAGUUGCUUAAAGGAAAACAUUAUUGUCAGAAUACUGGAAAACACUGAAAAGUAUGUAUAGUUUUAAGGUAAGUUAAAGAAUCAAAGUGAAACUGGAGUUGUCUGUUAACAGCAAAGCCAUUAGAUACAAGUGUACUUCUACCAUUCAGCAUCAUAUUAUGGAAAACACAUUUUAGUAGAAUAAAGUACACCUGAUCCAUAGCAUACCUAUGGUGUUUGUUUGUAGCUAAUAGAAACUCCACUGACCUUUCCUAAUUUACAAAGGUCUACAGCACAAACAGGAUUUUCAGAGGUGUUACGGGAAGUUAUCAGAGUCAGCAGAGAGGAAAGGGUACACAGGAUGUAGAAAAAUCAUAGAAAACAAUAAACAGCAACUGGACCAAAAUUUCACAUCCUUUAUGAAGGGACAACUUUUAAGCUUCAAAGGAGUUGAAGCUAUUGCUAUUAAAAAUUAAAACAUCUCUACGAUGACCAAAACCUGUGCAGAAUCAGGUCUAUUUUAUUAUUAAAUAAAAGCGCGUGCAACUAGGGUACAUGUUUCCCAUUUAUUUAAAUGGGAAUCAUCUUCCAAAUCUCUAAGGCAGCUUUGAAAAUGUAGGCUGGCAUUUUCUCACUAGGAUCUCACCCUGGGAGACCCUAAGGACCACGUGAGAGUUAAGUCUGAAAGGCAACAAAUCCAGACAUAAAAAUAAUCAUCCAACUCAAGACAAGAGGCAAAGAUGAAAAUUUUUACGUACUGAGUCACUACGUUGGAAAGUUUGUGAAAUAAAGAAAUGCAACAUGGAGAUGCUAAGCACAAUGUGUUUCGUACUUCCUGCACCAGUGUGUUUGUUUCUUUGUUCUGUUUGACCAAGCUUUCAAUGAACUAGACUCCACCAAGACACCAUGUUUAUGCAAUUGCCUUGCAGUCCAUGUGCAGCAUUAUGGUCACAUGGCAACACCAAGGAAGGUCAGAAACCUUUCUGUGCAUUAUGAAGCAUGCUUGUGACAGGCUGAUUGUUGAACAGUAGCAAAAAGCCCAGGGACAAAGGAACUUGUGUUUAACAAUCUGCUUCAAAUGUGCCAACUUCUGUUAGCAGCCUUUCACUAAGGCUUCUCCAAAUCUAUUUGUCCUUGAUGAGUAUAGGGGGAUCUUCUCGCUCUGUUUUCUUUGUUACUUUUACGAAUGUCUUCUAAAAUAAUUUGUGGACUCUCCCACCUCUACCAUAUGAUUGGCCUACGCUAGAGGAACUUCAGAUUAAUUAGAAAUUUGUCAGUAGUGAUUAGCAAAGUAGUCCAAAGGACAGGGCUCUCCUCUGGGGUAGACUUCAUUGCUUAGUUUGUCAGGGUAAAGGAAUUUGCCAAACCCAGAAGCUGUAUAAAUAUUUAAGAUACAGCACUUUAUUGAUCUGGAGCACACAUUCCAGGUAAAAAGGAAACAGGACACUUUAUUUACCUCUUAAAAUUUGCCAUUAUAUAUAAAAUGUAAAAAUUCAGAUGUUAAAAGUGUGAUUGCAAGAUGUUAAAAGACUUUUCCUGAAUGUUUCCCAUUUAUUCUAUGAUGUGGUGUCUGUAGAAUAUAAUAUGAUGGAUGUUAGGUUAUUUCAUCUUCACCUGCUUUUGGCACACUGCAUCAAACUGCUUCUUUCUCAGUUUGGUGGUCAAACACCCAUUCCUUGCAAUGGGACCAGAUUUCCCACUUCCAAUGUUACUAUGAACAUUUAGUGAGAGUAAAAAGUCUUAUCAUCCAUUAUGCCAUGUACCUAUAGCAUGUGCCAUAUGACAUGUUCUGUAUCAGAGGCUAGCGCUUAUGAAAUAUAUAUCUACACAUAUAUACAUAUCUCCCAUGUAUAAACAAGUAUAGUUGUGACAUGUGAUAAUAUUAGUGAACGUUACAGGACAAUUUUAUUAUCACGUUAUAAGGUCUUGUUUGUAAAUCUGUAACAUUCAAUAAACUAGCACAUGUUGCAUCAAGCAUUAAAGUUCCACUUUCCAAUUAUUAGCAUACAUAUGGAAUAUGCAUUUCUGGUCACAGCGUGUAAGUUUGGCGUGUUUCACACAUUUUUCUGUAGAGCUCCACUUACGUGUCUGUAUGAGCUGCUGUAUAAACCUCUAAUGAGCCACUGUGGGCUGUGACAGGUGAGUUGUGGUAGUGUGAAAGAUGAACUGGCAUGUUAUGCAAAAGAUUAUAAGAUAAAUGAACUUUAAUAAUAUUUUGAAACUCAACUGAAUUUAGCUGUUUGUUUACAUACACUGGCCAACUGAGGAAGCAGUGUACAGUAUUUUAUAAAUAUUUUCCUAUAGUAAUCCAUUCUGUUGUUUCCAGUUUAAGUGAUGCUGUUCUACAGUUGGGGUAUACACUUGUCCUAGGUAUUGGGUAAUAGAGCAUUAUUCUUUCACAGUAACCUUGUGGUAUGACUGGAAUAGUUUCUCUUCCUUACAGUCCAGUCUCUUUUUUUUUUUUUUUUUUUUUUUUUUUUUUCUUUUUUUUUUUUUUUUUUUUUUGCGUGUCGAUGAAAAUGCAUGCAUUGUUCCAUGAGUUUCUUUGGACUGCUAUGAAACUUAGCAUUUUGCUAUUGCCUGCCUGUAAAGAUGAAUCCAGUUAGGAAUGAAUCCAAGCUUUUGGAUGUUUACAUUAUUUCCAUUAUGUCUGGUCUUUAGCAAAGUGAGUGAUUUUUUUUUAUUAUUUUUAAAUGACAAUUGUAUUUUAUGAAAUUGAAAUAUUCAGCGUAAAAUGCGAACCUUACAGCAGUCCUCAGACAUUUGGCUCUCUCUUUUUUGGAAGAGAUAAGGUGCUACAUUAUUGUUCUUAGCACAAGUGCCAGUUAAUAAAUGGCAGUGUGGGGAUAAUUUAAAAAUAAAACAAACACCCAAAAUAUCCAUUCAUGCACAUAAGGAAAGCCCGCUGGGUUCCAGCUAUAGAUUUUUUUUUUUCUUUUCAUUUUCCAUUUAUAAAUUUUUGGUAUCAAAAAAAAAAAACAAAAACAAAAAAAAAAAAACAAAAAAAAACAGAUUUGUACUUUUGUCGAAUGGAUAACCUUUUGUCAGGGGAUAAAUAUCUUAGUUAGGUAUAUUUUUUGUAAGAGAAGAAAAUGAUUUGUUUCUUAGAAACUGUCAGCACGUGGAAAAUGCAACUACAAAAAUAACUGCUCAAAAACAGUGCUGGUAGCAGCACACAGCCUUAGUCCAAUGACUGCAGUCGGAGCAAAUGAGUAUCUCUGUCCUGAGAGCAGAAGUUGUCAAAGGUAUGAGCUUGGAAUGAGCCAGUGAAACAAAAUUCUCUGUAAACUCAUGGUGCGAAUUUUAAGAACAAGCAUAAAUGUCUUGUUAAGUUGCUCAGGUUACGUAAUUAAGAGGAGUUGAUAAUAACCAGAAGGGAAGAUGCAAGCUUGUGAUUCCUGGAUUUCCCUAGGAACACUUAGGUAUUUGUGAGUCUCUCCCCUGCUUAAAAUAAUAGUAUAUUUGCAUGUUUGCACAAACAGGCACAGAUGUUUAAAAAAGAAAAAAGAAAAAUAUAUAAGGAAAAAAAAAAGGCUACAUUUUCAGUGCUGUUAAAGAAAUACUACAUUUAGAUCACUUACUCCAAAAGAAAUAGGAAAGCUUCCGAGCAUAAUUUUUUCCCUCACCUGUUUCACACAACAGCAUCGUUUGAACUGGGCAAAAGUAAAGCACUGGGGCAUCUGCUUAUCUAAUGAAACCCUUUGUUCCUCUGGAUGGUGUUCACUGGCCUUGACACACUUCUGCAUAAAGGCACAAGUGUUGGAUCAAUGUGGGGGGGACCAACUUUCUGCACCUGGGUGAGAGCUGUGCAGCUGUGUAACUGAUCACAGCAUACUGACAACACUUAUGGUCUCAUCACUGCUGGUGCAAAUCUGCAGAAAAGAAAAAACCCUGAUUUCAAAGGAGUUGCUCUGACUUUUGUCAGGGAAUGGAUUAACUCUGCUUUUCUAUCUCUGUAGUACUUUGAGUCAUGACACACAGCUUGUCCUAAAUCACCAAGUGGGCAGUCUCGUGACUGGGCCAGACUGGUUGUGAAAGUCUCUGACCUUUUAAUUUUUGCUGUAUGCUUUCAGAUCUGUCAUUGAGCCACAAAGUACUUAUUUCAAAAAAAAAAAUUGUUAGGGGAAAAAUAAAGAAAAAAAAAAAGUUUGAUUAUGAAAUUGCUGCUGUUUCUGCUGCAGGGAAGUGAUAACUCUUGCUUAUUUUAGUAUUUGGUAGGGAGGGAGAGGGAACAGAUGUGGGAAUUGGCUGUGAAAAACAAUUUUAUGCCUUCACAAGAGUAAAUUGUAUUAAAGUUAUAUUCUUCCACCACUGCAGUUGUUGUACAUGAGGAGAGUCUAUAUGCUGCUACUGCUGUCUGGAACAGUGUUUGCAAUAUACUAUACUAAUAGCUAUUUAAUCAUUUAUUAUUUGGGUUAUCAUUUGUAAGUGUAUAACAAUCAUUUAUAAAGGGAGAAAAAAUGGUUAAAACAUCGUUUUAAAGAAAUUCCUACUAAUACGAAGCUUUUCAAGUAUGAUUUGUUUAAAUGUAUAUCACUAGGGAAAACGGUACUUUCCAAAGGUCUACUGGAUUCACAAUGCACUUUUAGACUGUGUUAGAUAUGUAAUAAAAAGCAGAAGUUGGCAAUUACUACGGUAGAACUUUCCGAGAUUUCUGUAACAAUUGUUUUGCAAUAAAAAGAAAGGAUGUAGUUCAAAAUA